AUGGGUGCGAUAAAGAAGUAUUGUAAGAAAGAGUUCCAAAUUCAAAAAUUCAAGUUCGAACAUGAUGAUGGGGAGGAGUUUUUCAUAGGUUGCUUUCAACAGAAUCGUUCGUGUCUGCCCCUUUUAAUAAUACGGGGUUUAUUAUUUUUAUGUUCCGUGGCUAUAGUGGUAUCAUCCAUAGUGAUAGUGGCAGAAACAGGAAAAGGCGCGUUCUGGCCGAUAUAUAUGACUCAUUGGGGAAUUUUUUUAAUGAUGGUCUCUACUGGUUUUGGAUUUGGGAUUUCAAUGCACCGCUAUAUGAAGGGACCUAUUGGUAAGUUACAAAUAAAGUGA